UCGCUCGCGCGCGAGAUAGCGAGAGCGAGGCUGGCGGCGCGACGGUGCGAGCGAACGGCACCAGCCAACCGUCAGUGCGCGCGGAUCGGUCGCGCGCGGUGGCAGCACACGUGGGCGGUUGACAAGUGCGGGCUAUUACGAUCGCGAGCGACGCGCGCGCGUGCCGUAUUCGUGCCCGGUGCCGCGCGGUGCAGUGCGAACGAGCGAGACGCGAGACAGGCGAGACGGAGAUGGCGAGCCACGACGUCGGCAUCGGCGACUUCGUGUUGCUGGACGAAAUCACGGCGGAGCGCGUGGUGGAGAAUCUCAAGACGAGAUUUAACGGAGGAAAGAUUUACACGUACAUCGGCGAGGUCUGCGUGAGCGUGAACCCUUACAGAAACACCAAUAUCUACGAUGUGGACCAGAUUAAUAAGUACAAAGGGAGAGAACUGUUCGAGAACCCGCCGCACAUCUUCGCGAUCGCGGACGCGGUGCACAAGGAGAUGAAGCAGCAGGGCAGGGACACUUGCAUAGUCAUAAGCGGCGAGUCGGGCUCCGGUAAAACGGAAGCCAGCAAAAUCAUAAUGAAGUACAUUGCCGCCGUGACCAAUCUCAGCGGCCAGCAGGAGAUCGAGAGGGUGAAGAACAUCCUCAUCCAGUCCAACUCGAUAUUGGAGGCGUUCGGCAACGCCAAGACAAAUAGGAACGACAACUCGUCGCGCUUCGGGAAGUACAUGGACAUCAAUUUCGAUUUCAAGGGAGACCCCAUCGGCGGCCACGUGACCAAUUACCUCCUCGAGAAGUCGCGGGUGGUCUAUCAGCAGAAGGGAGAGCGCAACUUUCACUGCUUCUAUCAGUUACUGAACGGCUGCAGCGAGGCCGAAUUGAACAAGCUGCGCUUGGUCCGCGACCCGGCCGCUUACUACUUCAUCGGUAGCGGAAGCAACAACAAGACCGCCACUUCCGACAGAAGCGACUACAAGACCGUUUGCACCGCAAUGUCCAUCCUCGGCUUCUCCACGACCGAGACGCAGACGAUAUGGAGUAUCAUCGCUGGUAUCUUGCACUUGGGUAACGUCACCUUCAGGCUGGACGAUGACAAACUCAUAAUGGAGAAUAAAAGCGCUUUAAAUGACACCGCUAACUUGUUCUCCAUCAACUCGAAAGACCUGAGCACCGCUCUCUCGCAGAGAGUCAUAGCGGCGGGCGGAGAAGUCAUGCAGAAGACUCACACCUUGAUAGAAGCCGAGUACGGUCGAGAUGCAUUAGCGAAGGCUAUAUACGAACGAUUGUUCACAUGGAUAGUGUCGCGCGUCAAUGGGUCGAUCAACGUAAAUAACAGCGACGACAUGAAGAGAUACGGUACGCUGAUCGGCGUGCUCGAUAUCUACGGUUUCGAGAUCUUCGACAUGAACAGCUUCGAGCAGUUUUGCAUCAAUUAUUGCAACGAAAAGCUGCAGCAGCUUUUCAUCGAAUUGGUCCUGAAACAAGAGCAAGAGGAGUAUCAGAGGGAAGGCAUAGCUUGGCAAAACAUCGAGUACUUUAACAAUCAGAUUAUUUGCGACUUGGUCGAGCAAGCGCACAAGGGGAUUAUAGCAAUCAUGGAUGAAGCUUGCCUCAACGUCGGGAAGGUCACCGACGAGAUGCUUCUCAACGCAAUGGAUAAGAAGUUGAUGAAUCAUCAUCACUACAGCUCUCGGCAAUUAAAACCGAUGGACAAAGAAUUGGAGCACAGAACGCAGUUCAAGAUCAAACACUAUGCGGGCGAUGUGAUUUACAAUAUCAACGGCUUCCUCGACAAGAACAAAGACACACUUUUCCAGGACUUCAAACGUCUUCUCUAUCAAAGCAAAAAUUCUGUGCUUAGCAAAAUGUGGCCCGAGGGUGCGCAGAAUAUUUUGAAGACGACAAAGAGGCCUUUAACCGCUGGCACGUUGUUCCGCAACUCUAUGAUUGCGCUGGUGAAGAACCUAGCGAGCAAGGAACCCUUUUAUGUCAGAUGCAUAAAACCAAACGAGGUAAAGUCUCCAGUCGUGUUCGAUGACGAGAGAGUAAAUCAUCAAGUGAGGUAUUUGGGACUUGUGGAGAACAUUUUGGUGAGACGAGCUGGUUUCGUGUACAGACAACAAUACGACAGAUUUCUGAAAAGGUACAAAAUGAUAUCACAAUACACAUGGCCGAACUUUCGAGGCGACAGCCACAAGGAAGGCGUACGCACAUUGAUGGACGAGAAGGGUUUCUCGCACGACGUUAAGUACGGUCACACGAAGAUCUUCAUUCGUUCGCCGCAGACCCUAUUUGCAUUAGAAAAGAUGCGCAGCGACUUAAUACCGGGCGUCGUGAUUCUCCUGCAAAAGCAAUGGCGAGGCUACCUCUGCCGUCAGAAGUACAAGAAGAUGCAGGCAGCGUUGGUGCUGAUGAAGCACUACAGACGAUACAAACGACGGGUCUACGUCAAGCAGCUCGAGCGUACGUUCAAGGGCGCCAGGAAUAUGCGAGAUUACGGCAAGAGUUUGCAGUGGCCGCGCGAGAAUUUCGCCGUGAGGCACGUGGUGCCCGCUUUGAGGAACAUGUACGCGAGGUGGUGGGCGUGGAUGGUGCUCCGAGCGAUUCCGCGGGAGGACUGGCCGCAACUUCGGCUGAAGAUGGCCGCGGGCGCCGUGUUGCGUUCGAAGCGGUCUUACUGGGGCCAGGACCGUCGCUGGGAGGGAAACUAUCUGUCCAGGCCGGACGAGAAUCCUCUAAACAACGUUUUCAACUCGUCGAUAAACAAUCUGCGAAACAACGAUCACUUCAAGACCGUCCUGUUCAGCGCGUUUAUUAGGAAGACCAACAGGUUCAACAAGCCGGCGGAUCGUGUUCUGGUGGUGACGGAGCACACUGUGUACAAGCUCGACAGCAUCAAGUUCAAGAACUUGAGAAAAGGCAUGCCGAUAGCGGAAAUCACCGGCCUAAGCGUUUCCCCUGGGAGAGACCAGCUUAUUACGAUUCAUUCGAAUCGCGGAAACGAUUUCGUCCUAUCGAUCGUCGCCAAAGACGACAGGAUCGGAGAGCUGGUUGGCGUGCUGAGCAACCGAUACUAUCAACUGCGUGGCGCCGACCUGCACGUCACAGUGGACGUGAGGUUCAAGUGCAUGCUCGGCAACAAGAGCAAAUUGUUAAACAUCGAAGUGAUGCCCGACGUGAUCGAGCCCACGUUCAAGAAGGACGGUAAUCAAAUCGUCUAUGCCAUUCCAUCGUCGAUGGGCAUCAUCGACGGCGGUGCUAAUACAAGACAAUAGAUUCGCAUUGGUCAAUUAUAAAGUCCGACGAGACUUAUUCGAGACUGUAUCAUAAAAAAAGUACAUAUUUUUUAAUAAUUUACUGUUAUCAAACGUGCGGUUGUCCUACACUCAGCACGUGCGAUUUAAAGAGACAAUAUGCAGUACUCGAAGUUCGCAUUUGAAAGUUUUUCCUCGUUGAAUCGAUGCCUUUUACAUAUUUUUCAAUUUGCAAUAUUAACCACGUUGUGACGAAUGUCAAUGCGACAUUUUACUACGACGGAAGUUCGAUCAAUGUUUAUAUCUGUUGCGCAAUCAAACGUUCAAAUUAAAUGUGAUGUCCAAGUUCUCAUUACAUAUAUUAUCAUAGGCAUAUAUUAUAUGUAUAUUAUUGUAGACGUAUUGCUGGAAAUUCAAGCGCAGGUUUCUUUCCGUGAUAAGAAUGUUGACAAGAAUGUUUAUAAUUAUGUUUCAAAAACAUUAUUGGUUUUCCCCCAGCGACAUUAUAACUUCUAAAGUUAUCUCUUUUGUGCUACGUUUCAACAAUUUCAGCGAUAAGUAUUUUUAAUUUCUUGAAGAGUAAACGCUGAGAAAUUUGAAAUCUCGUCAACUGUGGUGCCUGCAUAAUGGAUACACUUAUGUCAAGAGUAUGUAAAAAAAGAAAAGAUAUCGCAGUACAAGUUAAUUACGUGACACAUGCGAGUCACUUGCGUAGCGUGAAGCACAUGAGAAAUUUGAUAAACUCUCCGCACGCUGAUAUAUUCCAUCAAGUAUAGCGCCCACGACGCAUUUCUCUGUAAAUACUCUAUAAUAUAUUAUAAAUAUUAUUAGCUUGUAAUGUGCGGCGUGAGGGAGAGCGAGACGUGAAAUCCACGAGAGUCGAGUUUUACCGGAGGAUGUAACAGUGAAUGCGUAAUUUAUAAGAGAAUAACUUAAACGUUAUUCAUCGAGUUGUUCCUUUCUCAGAGGAAGACGCUACCGACGUGUUACGGUGAUCAUGCAGAAUCAUCCCUUUUCUCAUCAACCGCAAUGUGCCGUAAGCUUGUGGCCUUCUAUUUACUACCAGAUCGAAAUACUUUUCAAAGAUUUUUUACAUAAAUGUUUAAAUACAAAAAGCACACAGUGUGACAGAACAAAUAAAUAUAUACAUAUACGAGUGCGAAAACAGCGCGACGAAACUCUAAAUAUACAUGUUACCGUACACCAGUGUGCCUGCUAACUCGAUUCAAAAUAUAACGAAAGUUAAACGCGUCCUUUUCCAAAGAAAGUUUUGGAUCUUCCCGUGUACUUAGAUUUAGAGAGACUGUAUAGGAAUAUAUGUAUACAUAAAGCUUAAUCAAAAAUAUAUAUUAUUUUGACGUUAAUUCGACCGAGUGGAAACGAACUUGUUAUGCAUUGCCAUAGAGUCCGGUACUUAUGCAUUUAUGAAGCAUUCAUUAAAAACGACAUAGUUCGCUUUUUGUAAUCCAUAGAACAAAGCGUUACUUUAUUUUUCCAUUGGCAAAUGUAAUCGAGCGCUUUAAAAACACGUUUAGAAAUGUGCCAUUGUUAGAAAAUAAAGUGGAAUUUUUAUCUUAUA